CUCAUUCUAGAAAUGGGCUCUCCCUUAACUAACGUGAUAUCCAGUCUUCUGAUCAGACAUUUGCCCAAUAGGUUUUAAAUGCACAAAGUGAACAAAAAGUGGUGUAGUGAAGAGAAUAGCCACAAUGCCAUGGAACUGCAUCCCUGGUGGCUGUGGAAUGAUGUUGGGGACGAUGAGAAAGCUCUUCCAGGAUAAUGUUUCAGAGCUGAAAAUGCUGCUAUGGUUUUCUGGACCUCUGAUCAUCACCAAUUUUCUGGACUAUGCACCAAUUAUUGUAACUACUGUUUUCUGUGGACACAUUGGAAAGAUGGAACUAGAUGCAAUAAUGCUUGCUAAUGCUUUUGCAGCAGUCACUGGGAUGUCUGUAGGACUGGGCUUGUGUGGUGCAUGUGAUACCCUUCUCUCACAGAUAUAUGGAGGGAAAAACCUGAAACUGAUUGGAAUUGUUUUACAGCGUGCCAUCGUCAUUCUGUCUCUAGCUUGCUUCCCAUGCUGGGCAUUAUAUAUCAACACAAAAAACAUUUUUGUGUUACUUGGACAAAAUCCAGAAGUGGCAAGGUUGGCUGAAUUAUGCAUGUUGGUGAAUAUUCCAGCUUUACCUGCAUUUUGCUUUUUCCAACUUGGACUUCGAUACUUACAAAAUCAGGGAAUUAUUUGGCCGCAGAAUUUCAUUAGUUUUGUUGCACUUAUUGUUAACACAAUCGUCAAUUACAUAAUGCUGUUUGUACUAAAAACAGGGGUGAUUGGGGCUGCUGUAGCCCUAACAAUUGGGUCACUUUUUGAAUGUACAGUGUUGUAUCUCUAUAUCUGGCUCAAAAAGAUUCAUGUGGAAACAUGGCCAGGCUGGUCUACUGAAUGUCUGAAGGAAUGGAGAGUUUUUUUGGCCCUCGGAAUACCCAAUAUGCUGAUGACAGGCAUAGAAUCAUGGGCAUAUGAGAUAUCAAUCAUAUUAACAGGCCUCAUUAGCUUGGCGGAGCUGGGAGCCCAGACAAUCCUGUAUCAGCUGAUUACCUUUAUCCACAAGAUUCCUUUUGCCCUAAGCAUGGCUGUUAGCAUUAGAGUUGGUACUUUCCUGGGUGCCGGCGAGAUUAAGCAAGCCAUAAAAUCUGCAAAACUGAGCUUUAUUUUAACAGCAAUACCUACAUUAGUCAAUCUCUUUAUACUGAUUGGACUAAGGAGACCUAUUGCAAGCAUUUUCACUAAUGACAAUGGAAUACUGUCACUGGUUAUUGAUGUAAUGCCAGUUUGUGCCCUGUUUCAUAUCUUGGAUUCACCAGCAAUUGUUUUUAUUGGACUUGCUAGAGGAGUUGGGAAGCCAGAGAUUGGAGCUGCCAUUUUUGCAUUAACUUACUGCCUAAUAACAUUUCCCAUUGCUGCACCUCUCAUGUUUACUGCAAAACUUGGACUGAAAGGAUUCUGGAUUGGAAUAAUUGCUGGAUUUGCUGUAAUAAAUAUGUAUUUUAUUAUCUAUUUCUGGAGAGCAAAUUGGCAACAUAUAGCUGAAAAGGCACAGGAACUUAUAGGCUUUGAGAAGAACAUAAAAAGAGAAGGUGCCAUAUUUGAUGAAGAUAUGAUCAGCACCCCAGAUAAUUUGGAAUUGAAGAAUUAUGCUGCCCUGGACUCAGUAAGCAGUGAGAGUGUACAACACGAAGACCAGCUGACUGAGCAUUCGACAGAGCAAGACAAACACUUGCAGAAGAAGCUCAUUAUUCGAAAGGCACUUGAAUCGCUGGCUGUUGUGUCUCUUUUGUUCAUUGGACUCAUUAUUCGUCUCACUGUUAAUUCCCAGUAGUAACAUCCCUUGAAAAAAGGCUUCACACAAUGAUAUGUUUCGUUUGGACUGCAACAUUCAGUCAAAUGCCAUUUGUUGUUAAUGUUUAAACUGGUCAGUGUUAAAUUAUAUCAAUGUAUAUAAAACUACAUAGUUUCUCCUUUAA